UCGUAAAGCUUGAACUAGACGCGAGUAGAAAGGGAGCCGGAGCUUUGCUAGCCUGUUUCUCAAUAAGUAUCGCUUCCGAGGUGCCCCCAUGACCCUGAACCGCGGCGACAAGCUGAGGUACCUGGACAAGCGACGCGGCAGCACGCCCUUCGCCGCCCACCACCAGCCGCAGCACCUACAUCGGCGGAGCAUGCCGGUGGACGAGCGGGAGCUGCAGGCCUCGCUGCCGCCCUCCCCACGGGGCCAGCUCGCCAACCUGGUGCGCUGCACCUCCUACAACCCGACCGAGGAGGAGGCGCACCGCCAGGGCUGGGCGUCGGACUCCUCCGACUCGGUCAUCUCCUCGGGCAGCGACUCGGACAACCAGCUCUACAAAGUCAUCCUGCUGGGCGAGCACGGCGUGGGCAAGACCAGCCUGGCCAGGAUCUUCGGCGGCGUAGAGGAUUGCCCCGACGCCGAAGAAGCGGGCAAUACAUAUGACAGAUCUAUCAUCGUUGAUGGUGAAGAAGCUUCUCUUGUGGUGUUCGACAUUUGGGAGCAGGAUGAUAGCCAGUGGCUUCAGAACCAUAGUAUGAAAAUGGGGGAUGCUUACAUCAUUGUCUACUCGGUAACAGACAAAGUGAGCUUUGAGAAGGCCUCUGAGCUCAGAAUUCAGCUACGAAGAGCGAGGCAAACGGAGGACAUUCCUAUUAUUCUUGUAGGAAACAAGAGUGACCUGGUCCGAUCACGGGAAGUGUCUGUGGACGAGGGACGUGCCUGCGCUGUCGUGUUUGACUGCAAAUUUAUCGAGACAUCGGCUGCUUUGCAUCACAACGUCCAGGACCUCUUUGAAGGGAUAGUCCGGCAAAUCCGGCUACGCAAAGACAGCAAAGAAGACAAUGCCAGGCGGAUGGCCAACACCAAAAGGAGGGAAAGCAUCAGCAAGAAGGCCAAGCGAUUCCUUGGGAGGAUUGUAGCAAAGAACAACAAGAAGAUGGCAUUUAAGGCCAAGUCCAAAUCUUGCCACGACUUGUCAGUCCUUUAAAAGAUGGCUUUCAGCAGGACCAGAUGCGGUGUGUGUUUUGCGUGGGUUGUGAACGUGUCUUUGACUGUUAAAAGUGAGGAAAGGGGGGGGGAAAGGACUCUGGUAACACAAAGCUACGCAGUUGGGAGGCAAACAUGCUGCUCGAUGCCUUAUUGUUCCUAAACAAGACUUGGAAGAAAGAUUACUGUGUCUUCAUGGGUUGAAAUGGUUAAUAAGCUUCAGUGUGUGCUACUGGACUAACUUCGAAGUCAGCGGCUCUGUAUGCCUGCAUUCUCACUAUGUAUAUUUGCUAGCUGUCCUGUGGAUAUCAGGGAUGCAAAGAUGAGAAUGGACAAUGAUACACACACACACACACACACACACACACACACACACACACACACACAAAUACAAAAUGUAUGGUCAUCAACUUGUAUCCUUUGCAGAGCAAAACUUGAAUACAUGUACGCAGGCUCGUACACUCUUCUCUUUGGUAAAUAAAUUAAAGCAAUGAUCUUUUUAAAACUAAAUGUGGGCAGAAGUAGGGCCAUUCAAUAUGCAUUUGGAUGGGUGAAAGAAAAUACGGAAAAAUAUAAUUUUUGAAGUUUUAAUUUGCACUUUCAUUAAUUGUUUAACUUGUUUACAUGCAGAUUUUAUAAUAAAGUAUUUCUGGUUAUAAUGGGUUGUUUUUUUCUCA